GCGCCAAAUUUAAAAUUUGUGCAUUGUGCAGAGAUAUUUAAAACAAAAAUCACAUUUUAAACCGUUUUCAGUUGUGAAGCUGAAGUUUAUUUUAUUUUUAUAAAUCUCUAAUGAAAUAUGAGUGAGAUGAAGAUAAAAUUGUUCAUGCUUUUCUCCAUACACGCCGGUAACAGAUGCCCAUGACCCUCAUAAUCUCGUUUUCAUGUGUCGUGUAUUCACACAGUUCACGAAAUGCAAAACGCUCUUUGUUUGAAUAACUAGAUUAUAAUUUAUUUUGACAUAAUUUAUAUUAAGUGCAGUUAAGAGCAAUUCUCUGUACAGAUAUUACCUACAUAAUUGUGAGCUAAUUGAGAUUUCGAAAGAAUUUCAAGGAAAUAUAACAAAAUGUUGCCAAAAACAUUCGUUAAAGGUUUCCACAAUGAAAACGAUGUAAAAAUGAUGAAAUAUCAACCUUUUGGAAAGACUGGAAUGCAAGUUUCUCGUUUAUCCUUAGGUUGCGGUGGAUUUUGUAACAUUUAUGGUGAAUUUACGCUAGAACAAUGUAAGGAAACUGUUCUGCAAGGACUGAAGUCUGGAAUUAAUUACAUCGACACUGGCCCAUGGUAUGGACAGGGUGUUUCAGAAACAAUCCUUGGAAAAUGUUUGGAUGGAAUUCCACGUGAAGCAUAUUACGUAGCAACAAAAAUCGGCCGUUAUGAAAAGGAUCCUCGAAAAAUGUUCGAUUUUUCACCGGAGAAAACCCGCGAAAGCUUGGAAACCAGCUUAAAGAAGUUGAAUGUAGAUUACAUUGACGUUAUACAAAUGCACGACAUUGAAUUUGCGCCAUCAAUUGAUUACCUCAUCAAUGAAACACUACCAGUGCUCCUAGAAGCGAAAAAAGCAGGAAAAGUUAAAUUAAUCGGGGUUACAGGAUAUCCAGUAUCCACAUUAGCAGAAUUUGUUCGUAAAUGCCCAGAAAUUGAUAUGAUUUUGAGCUAUUCUCGGUUGACACUCUUCGAGCAAGAGUUGCAUACAUUCCAGGAUGAUUUUAUGAACGUGGCAGUUGUCAAUGCUGCUGUGUUGGGAAUGGGAUUAUUAACUUCCAGUGGUCCACAAAGUUGGCAUCCAGCUCAUCAGUGCAUAAAAGAAGCUUGUAAAGGAGCUGCUGAUUACUGUCAAAAAAAUGAUGUGGAUAUUUCCAAAUUAGCUUUGUCAUUCGCAUUCGAUAACUAUGGAGAUACCGUUCUCAACGGUAUGAACAACCCGGAAUUAUUGAAGUCUAGUUUGAAGGUGCUUCAAGAAGGUUUGACACCCAAAGAGUUACAGAUUCAAGCAGACAUUAAGAAAAUGUAUUUUGAUCCAUUGUCCAUCAGAAACUGGGAAAAUGUUGAAAUUAAUGCAUUUAAGAAGUUUUUAGAGUAAUAAUUAUGUGUAAUUCAUAUGAAUAUUAUUAUAACCAUUAUAAACUGCCUGUAUUUGAAAUAAAAUGAAAAUUAAAUAAUU